CGAGCUAUUACUUAAAAGAGUGUUGGGACUUCACAAAUCGACUUCUUCUCUUUUCUCUGUGCGCAUCACAACCGACCCUUCUCUCUCUCCGCACGUCAUCGUCUUCACUCUUGCUUCCAGCUCGAGUCGAUAUCAGAACUUGGAUUGUUUGAAGCAUUGACAAUGUCAACAUCAUACCUCCCAGCAACAACGGAUUCAAUUGCUCUGGCUUUAGAGGCCAAAGCUCCAUCUGAAGCCAUAGCUAUUCUGUAUCGUAUUCUUGAAAACCAAUCCACUUCUUCCGAAGCUCUACGCAUAAAGGAACAGGCCAUCACCAAUCUGUCAGAUCUUCUUAGACAAGAGAAUCGGGGAGAAGAUCUUCGUAACCUUCUUACCCAGUUGAGGCCUUUCUUUAGCUUGAUUCCAAAGGCAAAAACUGCAAAGAUUGUUCGUGGCAUAAUAGAUACAGUAGCUAAAAUACCCGGCACAUCUGAACUUCAGAUUUCCCUUUGCAAAGACAUGGUGCAGUGGACUCGUGCUGAGAAGCGAACUUUCCUUCGGCAGCGAGUGGAGGCCAGGCUUGCAGCUCUUUUGUUGGAAAGCAAGGAGUACUCAGAAGCACUAACUCUCCUCUCUACCUUGAUCAAAGAAGUGAGAAGGCUAGAUGACAAGCUUCUCCUUGUGGACAUAGAUCUGUUGGAGAGUAAGCUUCACUUUUCUUUGAGAAAUCUCCCUAAAGCUAAGGCUUCACUGACUGCAGCUAGAACAGCAGCCAAUUCUAUCUAUGUGCCUCCAGCUCAACAGGGAACUAUUGAUUUGCAGAGUGGCAUCCUUCAUGCAGAAGAAAAAGACUACAAAACUGCUUACAGUUAUUUCUUUGAAGCAUUUGAAGCCUUCAAUGCUCUUGAGGAUCCUCGGGCUGUCUUUAGCCUCAAGUAUAUGUUGUUGUGCAAAAUUAUGGUGAGCCAGGCUGAUGAUGUGGCAGGAAUUAUAUCAUCCAAAGCAGGCUUGCAGUAUGUUGGGCCUGAGCUUGAUGCCAUGAAGGCAGUGGCUGAUGCUCACUCGAAGCGCUCUUUAAAGCUUUUUGAGACUGCUUUGCGGGAUUAUAAGGCGCAGCUAGAGGAUGACCCUAUUGUCCACAGGCACCUGUCUUCCCUGUAUGACACUCUGUUAGAACAGAAUCUCUGCAGGUUGAUUGAACCUUUCUCAAGGGUGGAAAUAGCUCAUAUUGCAGAACUGAUUGAACUCCCUGUUGACCACGUGGAGAAGAAGCUGUCUCAAAUGAUUCUGGAUAAGAAAUUUGCAGGAACUUUGGAUCAGGGUGCUGGCUGCCUCAUCAUUUUUGAGGAUCUCAAGACCGACGCCAUAUACCCUGCUACGCUAGAAACCAUAUCCAACAUGGGUAAGGUUGUUGAUAGCCUCUAUGUGAGGUCUGCCAAGAUAAUGGCAUGAGCUUGAAAGAGGAGCAAGGCAGUUUCCUUACCUGCCACCUGUUUCUUUUGAUUCUAUUUUGGAUCAACUCUGUCAUAACUCCACUGGAAUGCAUAGCAUGCCAGUAGUAAUCCUUUCAUGAUUUUUAGCCUAAAUUGUACUGUGAUCUUGGUAGGUUCUACCAUUUGGAUAUUUUCUUUUUACAUGGAACAUGUACUCAGGUUGUUUGGAUUUUAGAUUGGAAGUUAAUUUUCAGAGAUCUGACCGUG